AAAAAAAACCGAUAACGAUAAAUUGAAAGCAGAGAGAGGGUCGCUGUGCGCUGGCCUACAAAGGCUUUGAAUGCUCGCUGGCUUUCGUUUUCAGUCUGCAAAUCUUGUGGAGGCAAAAGCCACAAACCACAACGCUAGCUAGCCAGAGUGAUGAGCCCGAGAGAGCCACAUUUAAAGCCACAAACAAACACACCCACCUACACUACUAUGAGUGGGAGAGAAUAGGAAAAAGGGAAAAAUAUAAUUCGAAUUUAAUCGUUUAAAUAAAGAUCGCACAAGCUUCGGUUUCUUCGUUUCGUCUUUGCAACUCUUCGUCUUUUCUUCGUUUCUUUUUCUCUCCGAUCCCUAAUUCGCCCACCUUCUCCGUCUCCAAUUUCUCUGGGAGAUUGUGUUUGGAAUCCAGGAAAAUGGGGUUGAUUUCGGGGAUUCUGAUGGGGAUGGUCUUCGGGAUUGCAUUGAUGGCCGGGUGGCUUCACAUGAUGAGGUACCGAAGCACCAAGCGAGUCGCUAAGGCAGUUGACAUAAAACUCCUUGGAUCACUAAACAGAGAUGAUUUGAAGAAAAUAUGCGGGGACAAUUUUCCUGAAUGGAUAUCUUUCCCCGUCUUUGAACAGGUGAAAUGGUUGAAUAAGCAACUGACCAAAUUGUGGCCAUAUGUUGCAGAUGCUGCAGAAAUGGUGAUAAAAGAUUCUGUUGAGCCACUAUUGGAAGCAUACCGACCUCCUGGAAUUACUUCAUUGAAGUUCAGCAAACUAUCUCUUGGUACUGUGGCACCCAAAAUUGAAGGUAUUCGUGUUCAAAGCCUCAAGAAAGGUCAAAUUACAAUGGACAUUGAUUUUCGUUGGGGUGGUGAUCCAAACAUCGUAUUAGGUGUUGAAGCUGCACUCGUUGCCUCAAUUCCCAUUCAGCUUAAGGAUCUUCAAGUUUUUACUGUUGUUCGUGUAAUUUUCCAACUUGCUGAAGAGAUCCCUUGUGUAUCUGCAGUUGUUGUUGCUCUACUUGCAGAGCCGAAGCCUAGAAUUGAUUAUACUCUGAAGGCUGUUGGCGGAAGCUUGACAGCCCUCCCUGGAAUUUCAGAUAUGAUUGAUGAUACUGUGGAAUCAAUUGUCACAGACAUGCUCCAGUGGCCGCAUAGAAUUGUUGUUCCAAUUGGUGGUGUGCCUGUUGACACAAGCGAAUUGGAGCUUAAACCUCAAGGAAAGCUCACCUUGACAGUAGUGAGAGCAAAUGACUUAAAGAACAUGGAAAUGAUUGGAAAAUCCGACCCUUACGUUGUUGUCUACAUUCGUCCAUUAUUCAAGGUUAAGACUAAGGUCAUUGAUAACAAUCUGAAUCCUGUUUGGGAUCAAACGUUCGAGUUGAUUGCAGAAGACAAGGAGACUCAAUCACUUAUUCUUGAGGUUUUUGAUAAGGACAUCGGGCAAGACAAGCGAUUGGGAGUGACAAAAUUACCUUUGAUUGACCUGGAAGCAGAAACUGUGAAAGAGCUUGAACUGAGAUUGCAGCCAUCACUUAACAUGCUAAAAAUAAAAGAAAAGAAGGAUAGAGGAACUAUUACAAUCAAGGUCUUUUACCAUGAAUUUAACAAGGAAGAGCAGUUGAUUUCUUUAGAGGAAGAGAAGAGGAUCUUAGAAGAAAGAAAGCAACUGAAAGAAGCAGGAGUUAUAGGCAGCACAAUGGAUGCACUUGAUGGAGCAGCUUCAGUGGUUGGAUCUGGUGUUGGAUUGGUGGGUACUGGCCUUGGUGCUGGUGCUGGGCUCGUGGGAAGUGGCGUUACCGCUGGAGCUGGGCUUGUGGGAAGUGGCGUUACUGCUGGAGCUGGGCUUGUGGGGACUGGCGUUAAUUCUGGGGUUGGAAUGGUCGGGAGUGGCCUCGGAGCUGUUGGUAGUGGCCUGAGCAAAGCCGGGAAGUUCAUGGGUAGGACCAUCACUGGGCAAUCGAGUCAUUCAAGGAGAAGAAGUGGGUCUACAACUCCAGUGGGUAGUGUCCAAGAAAAUGGUGGUGCAAAGCCACGGUAAUGUGCCUUGUGAAUUGUAGGCUUUAAUGAAUAGAUAUACUCGCCUUGCUUCUAUUUCGACACUCUUCUUAAAUUCUUUUCUUUGUUCUAAUUUUGAAAAUGAUAAUAGGUAUUGGUUUAUUUCCACCUCUUUCCUCUGUGUAUCAUCCCCAUCCUGUAUUCUUGUUUGUCUUUCGACCUUACUGGAAUUUGUAAUAAAAUCUUGAAUAUUUGUACAAAUUUAUCAUUUGGCUGUUUGAGCAAUUUAGGGCCAGCUAGGGUGCUUGCCUU